AUGGCCGUCACCUACCGCCAUGGCAUCUCCAUUCUGGAAUUGAUCAUCUACCUUCCCUCCCUCUUCCUCUCCAUCUUCCUCGUCAUUCGCCAUGGCCUACGCACAAACAGCGGAUUCCUCUUCCUGACAACCUUCACCCUGACCCGUAUCGUGGGCGCAUGCUGCGACCUUGCGACUAUCAACAAUUUCACCGUCGGACUAUACGUUGCAGCCGCGAUCUGUAGCUCCAUUGGCCUAUCGCCAUUGAUGCUUGCCUGUACCGGUCUCCUGUCCCGCGCCGACAUGUCCAUUGAAAAGACCUCCGGCCGCACGGCACUCCCGCGCAUUACCUUCCCAUUCUUCCGCAUACUCACCGUCGUCGCCAUGAUCCUUAGCAUCGUCGGCAUCACGGCCAACAUGUCCGCGGAGGGCCUCCAGCACCCCGACAUCAAAGUCAAGAUCGGCAUGAUCCUGUACGUUGUCUGCUGGGUGGUGAUGCUUGCUUUACUGGCUGUCUUGGCCAUGCACCGUGGCUCUAUCGAGCGCGGUGAGAAGCCCACGCUACUGGCAGUGGCCCUGUCCAGCCCGUUCAUUUUGGUGCGCCUGCUGUACGCAUUCUUCGUCUGGUUCUUGCACAACUCGGAGUUUAGCAUGCUCGAUGGCAAUGUGACCAUUCAGUUGGUGAUGGUGGUGCUUGAGGAGUUUGCUGUCGUGGCUAUUUGUCUCACUGUUGGGAUGACGCUACGUGUUCGGGGCCAUGAAUCUCGGCGUGGAGAGGAAGAAGUUAUGCCAGCUUAUUCUUCGAGCAAGCCUAGGUGA